UUUAAGCCCACCCCAUCUCGAUCGUAUAGAAGAAAAAACGACAUGAUUUCAUGUACCGAUCACACAAGUAAAAAAACAUUGACUGAUCAAACUUGAGAACCCUUUUUCAGUUUUCUUCUUCACCGAUUUCCAGGUUUUGGAGCUUGACGUCGAUUGGAUUGACUUUUAUAGUGGCUGGUCAAUCAGAAUGGAGUCUCGGGCUGAUUUUGUACAGUCUCUUGAAAGUGACGUGUCAAUUAAUAUUCUGGCAUGUUUGAAUGAGCCAGUAGAUGUGGUCCGUGCAGGCUCCGUCUCAAGCCUUUGGCACCAUUUUGUGAUUACCAAUGGGAUUUCCAAGCAACUAUGUCUGAAAAGGUUUCCUCAGCUUUCUGGGAUUGCACGUAUAACUGAACCAGAUUGGAUAACAACAGAAGCAAAUGGUGCUGGAUCCAACAAUUCCAGUUGGGAUAUUCUGAAGAGAGACCACAAUGUUUAUGCUUCUCUCCUUCAUGCUAUUACAACAUUAAACACAUGUCAGUGUGAAUGCAUAGCAUAUGCAGUUAGUGCCUCUAGUACAGAUAGAUUUCCUGCCGAAAGUGUUGCCAAUACUUUAACAACUAGGAGAUAUCUUGGUGGACAUUCAUACUGGUCAAGUAAAGGUCAUGCUGAUCCAGAUUCCCCCGAGACAUUAAUUUACAAAUUGAAAGCCAAUCUGUGUGUUAUUAGUGAAAUUAGUCUACAACCUUUUGAAGCUUUUUACCAGCCGGGCCAGCCUAUAUACUCUGCAAAAUCUGUUCGAUUUCGGUUAGGACACCCAAAAAAUUCACUAGACGAAAAUGAUGUCCUGCAAAUGCCUCAGCAACAGGCUGCUGAUGACAAGUUUAUAUGGACGUAUACAUCAGAAGUAUACCAUAUGGAACAGAAAAACUGCUUGCAACAGUACAAGCUACCAGAACCAGUACUUUGCAUUGGUGGAUAUCUGCAGAUUGAACUGCUGGGUAGAGUUCAGAGGCAACAUUCAGACAACUUGUUUUACACAUGCGUUAGCCAUGUGAAAGUCAUGGGUGGUGGUCCUCUGUGCCCUGCAUUUGACAUAGAUAUCCUCGAACCAUCAGGGAAGUUUGCGUUGAAGUACACCCCAGGAGUAUUCCGAUGAAUGUUGCCAAGCUUUUCAGAAAACUCAAAUAUGUCUCCAAUACCAGCAGAGGAAGAAGCAGUUGAAAAUGUAGGUGUUAUGGGGUUUCUGUUACAGGCUUACCAUGGGGGUAUUGAACCGAUGGUAUGGGAUGAACCCAUGGAAUGGGAUGACGACGAUGAAGAAAUGGAUGAACUUGGUGUACUUUAGUAGUAUGAACUUGGAUGAUAAUCUCUUGUAUUUAGUUUUAAAAUUUCCACCAAAUAACUGUCAAACUUGUGUACUUGAGUUGUUUGCCUUUGCAAUUUGCUUGUGCUAGUUUUCUUCUUAUAUAUGAGGCUUGCUUA